UAGGAUUUCUAUCGAAGUGGAGGGAAAACGGAGAGAAAAAACCUACACAGUUAACGAUGAAGUUGACGUCGCCGUAAAUAGUGCGAUUACCAGAUAGGUGUGUUCUUCUUGUGCUUUUUGGAAUACAGCAUGGGAAUGCUGUGACAACAAGUGGGGGGUGUGUUACGCAAAGAGAAAAGUUUAAUAACGCCAGGAGGCAAGCUCUGUGGGUUUUUGUUAUGAUACAGUUUAGCUUGAGAUAAUAGACGCCAUGUGACUAUAAAACCGCAGUCUUUUCGCGGUCGCCGAAAUUAGCGGUGAGAGAGAGAAAGGAUAAAAAAAAAGAUUUAGGAAUAAAAUGACGACAAAAGUUGUGUAUUUCGUUGUGGACGGACGGGACGAACAGACAGAAUUCUGCAGCGACGACGACACGGACGAUUUAAAAGAAACAUUCCGAGCGGCGGCUGAAGCGGGUCCACACGACAUUCUGAAGCUGUACAACAAGAAGGGGAACCUCAUCAACAUAUCGCCGCGCCUCUCUGAGAACGCCCCCGACUCACGCUACAAACUCGAGGUGGUCGCCGCACAGUGCACAGGAGAACAUUCAACAAUGGCAUCAAGACUGGGUUUUGAUCUAAGUGUUUUUGACGAAAGGUUAUGUGCACUGGAGAAAAAAGUAUUUGUCGAUAACGGUGACAUGCCAGAAACUGUUGUUGAAAUGAAAGCAAAAGUAGAAGAAUUGAAACAAAAGUUAGAGGGUGUGGAACACUUGAGUUGGCUGGGUCUGUUCAAGGACAUUUCCAGUGGGACGUCCCUGAAACCAUUCUGGGACAAACAGAAGUCACUGAAGAAAAGUGAACAGCACAGUAAACGAGUCUUUCAAAAGUUCAUGAGUAUGAGCAAGGUGCAGGUAACUGAUGAAGUGCGGGAGUACCUGCACAAGCCGACGUUCGACAACUGGCAGUGGGACGAGUCAGAGAUGCUCAUCUUAUUACGACAAAUGUUCAUAGAUUUAGGAUUUGUCACCAGAUUUAAUAUAGAACUUCCUGUCCUUCAUAAUUGGUUGUACGAGGUGUUUACAAAUUACAAUCUAGUGCCUUUCCAUAACUUCAAACACUGCUUCAUGGUUGCUCAAAUGAUGUAUGGUCUGACGUGGCUCAUCGAUCUUCCAUCCAUCCUCGACGACAUCGACAUCCUGACACUCAUCACCUCGGCCAUCUGCCACGAUCUCGACCACCCCGGCUACAACAACGCAUAUCAGAUCAAUGCGCGCACAGAGCUGGCUCUGCGGUAUAACGACAUAUCACCUCUUGAGAACCACCACUGCUCCGUGGCGUUUGAGAUUCUCGAGAAGCAGCACUGUAAUAUCUUCCGCAACUUGAAACGAGAUGAGUUUCGCAGGGUCCGGGAGGGCAUGAUCAGGUGUAUUUUAGCUACAGACAUGGCUAAGCACAAUGAAAUUUUAGGAAAUUUCAAAACAGCUGUGCAGCAUUUUGAUUUGAACAACAAAGAUCAUAAGUCUGUGCUAAUGAUGAUACUGAUAAAAGUGGCUGAUAUUUCCAAUGAAUGCCGACCCAUGGAGGUAGCCGAGCCUUGGUUAGAAUGUUUGUUACAGGAGUUUUUCAAUCAGAGUGAUCUGGAGAAACUUGAAGGUCUUCCGGUGGCGCCGUUCAUGGAUCGAGACAAAGUAACGAAGCCAUCAUCACAAAUCGGCUUCAUCAAGUUCGUUCUCUUGCCUCUCUUUGAAGCUCUUGGUAUUCUCUUUCCCAAGCUUGAGCCGCACAUAAUAACCCCUGUGAGAAAAGCCCUCGACUAUUACACAGACAUGCAGAAUGCGUUGGAGGAAGAGAAACACAAGAAGGAAAGUUCGAACAGUGUGGGUAAACACAACGGUAUCUCCAAUCAGGUGAAUGGCAAAAUACAGACAUAGCAGUGACGAUCGUUAGGACAGCGUUCUGAAAUCAUGCUUCUCUGCACGGCAGUGAGAAGAUUCAAGGAAAAGGUUUUUAAGGUAGAAAUGGUGUUAAAAGAAGAAAGGUUUAUUGAGAAAUGGGAUUAAAGAAAAUGUCUGGUAAAGACAGGAUUAAGGGGAAAAAACAUACAGAGAAAUGGGAUUAAAGAAAAUGUAUGGUAAAGACAGGAUUAAGGGGAAAAACAUACAGAGAAAUGGAGAUUAAAGAAAAUGUAUGGUAAAGACAGGAUUAAGGGGAAAAACAUACAGAGAAAUGGAUUAAAAGAAAAGGUGUUUUCAGAGGAAGUGGCGGUGUAGAGAAAAAAUGGAAUGUGUAAGAAAAAAUCAUCAAGAAACAGAAUUAGUGGAGUUUGAAGAAAAACUGAAAUGAAAUGAUAGUUUGAAGGAGGAAUAGAUUAAGAGAAAAGAAUGUUUUGGAUUAAGAGAGAAGAAUGUUUUAAUAUUUAAUAGUAUUAAAGAUCAAAUAUGGAGGCAGCAAAUGAAGUGGAAAGGACAUCCUUGCUGGAAUAGAGGUGUGGAAGUAACUCGUAAAGGUGUAAAGAAGAGUGGCUUUUAAAGGAAAACUUCAAAGGCAUGAAAGCGGUAAAGAUGUGUCUUUGGAAUGGAUGGAAUUCAUUGAAAAAACAUUUUCAACAAGAAUGGAUUUUAAGGGCAAAAGAAGAAUUCUGGAAGAAACGAGUUCUUGGACUUCAGUGUUUCUGAGGUAAACCGAUGUGAAUUCGAGAGAAAGGAAUUAAUGAUGUCAGUUGAAUCAAAACAUUCACAAAUGUUUACCCUCUCGUCUCCACAUGCAGUUAUCUCCCCUAUUCAGUAUUGUAAAGGAUAAAGCCUGCUGCUUGUCAGUGCAUCAGUGCAAUGUAUUUCACUUUCCAACUGUUUUCUAAACAACUUCCUUUGUUUCUUUCCGAUAGUUCAAGACAAAUUCUGUUGGAUUAUUUAUCCAUGAAAGCAAUUUUUAUUUGCAUAAGAUAUUUGAAUAAUUGGGGUGGGUUUUUUUCUAAUAGAUACUGUUACUGCUUGAAUAAGGUUUGAGAAUCAUUUGUGAACAAUAAUAUGCCCCGUUUUUAUGGGAUUUUAUUUUUGUUUUUUUUUGUUUUUUGUCUGUUAAAUUUGUUAAUAUUUGAAACUGAAGGUGAUAAAACUUCCAUGUGUCUUCUUUCUUAACUUCUAUAAUAUGUAACUCACCGCUGAAAGUUAGAAAUUUAUAAUCACUUGGGUAUUAUUUUGCAAAACAAAUUAUCUAAUUUUUAUUUUAUUUUAAAUUAUUUUUGUUUAUUAUAUGGUGAAGGACAAAAAUUAAAUUACUUUCUAUUAAACAGUUUCUUUUUUAUAAUCAGUGGAACUACUUUCUAGUAGACUGAGGUUUACUGGAUUUAUAUAGCCAGGACUUUGUGACCUACUUUAAAAAUGUGACCUACUUCUUUAAAACAAAUAUCUCAUAUUGAACGAGGGAAACAGAACAAGUCUUUCAAAUUUGUGAAUAUUUAGUCGUAAUAUUUAUGUGUAUGUGUUUUGAAAAGAAGUGGAAACACUUCAUUGUGAAAUGUUUUAUUUUGUCAGACAAAUUGUUGUAUUGGCAGAAACUCGUUACGGUUAUACAGUAGAUAAAAUGUGCAAGAGAAUAAUUAUUAUAUUGGUACAAGUUCAGUGCCCGUCGUUUUGAAAUUUACUUUGUACUCUCAAGGCUUGGAAUAUAUGUGAUCAUAUAUGGGGGAAAAUCGACCAAAGUUGCCAAUAAGAAUUCAUGCAUGUCAUUUUAAGUUAUUAAAUUUAAAAAAAAGGAGUAAAUUUAAGAAGAAAGAAAGUACAUAACAAUAUUGUUACUUUCUGUUUGCAGCUCGUGUAUACAUAAGGGCUACAAAUAUUGUAAAAAAAACCAACUAAAUAUGUUUGUAGUCUUGAAUUAGUAAUGACAAUUUCACUAAGACAUUAUUUCUUUUAUAAUGAAAGGCAGAACAAAAUACUUGGGUCUGUAUAUUUACAACAUGAUACAGAUGUCAAAUGUUUAUUUUUAAUAUAUAUAUACAUGUGUGUGUGUGUGUGUGUGUAUAUAUAUAUAUAUAUAUAUAUAUAUAUAUAUAUUGCACUUUGACCGGGUUUUCUCAUAGAUGAUCACAUAUUUGGCCUAUCUUUGUAAAUUGUUUUAAAGAGUGUAUUUCAGAGUAAGUUAAUUAUGGCUCAACUCUACUGUUAUUCAAAGUGGAGGUUGUUUUAAGGAGAGGAAUGUAUAUUUUUAAAGCACCACAGCACAUUUUAAACUAUUGACUGUUUAAUUAUUUUCUCUUUAACACAGGGAUCAAAAUAGGAAGUAAAAUAUGGCCUGAGCUGUUAUGUUUUUGAAAUACAUGUAGGUCAAAUAAAAAAUUCCUGCUAGGAAAAAAAUUGGAACUACUGGAAAUAAGAUAGCACAGGGUGGGGUGGGGGUCUCAGAGAUAUAUUUUAGAGCAUUAUGAACUUUUAACGGAAUCGUGAGCUAAAUAGCAAUUCCACUCGUACAUAAUCUCGGUCUUUUAAAAACCCACCUGCAAUUGUUUUGAUGGUUUUUAGCAGGUGAAUUACUGUUCUAUUUCACUUGUAGAUCUAAAACAAAUGGACUGCUUUUUGCAGGCCACUAUUUCGAGCACAGCAAAUUGAACCGGUCGUGGUGUCAAGCCAUCGAACAUAAGGCUGGUAGGUACAGGGUUCGCAGCCCGGUACCAGCUCCCACCCAGAGUGAGUUUUAAUGACUCACUGGGUAAGUGUAAGACCACUACACCCUCUUCUCUCUC